AUGGAGCCACCAAGCCGGUGGAAGCUGUGGAGCCUCCUGGAAAGAUACCGCGAUACCUGGGAGGAGCCCAAAGUUGCGAGAGUCAAGUACGCUGCCAGAUUCACAGUCCAUGGCAGGCCUUUCAAGGCGAGAGUACGGCACUACGAGCCGGAAAUGCGUGAGGAGCUCGAGAAGCAGGUUAAGAAGCAGCUCGGGUUAGGAGUCGUGAGACCUUCGAAGAGUGAGUGGGCCGCGGCUCCACACUUUGUCAAGAAGAAAACGGGAGAAUGGAGGUGCGUUAUAGACUACAGGCGGCUGAAUGCGUCGAUGGUGGCAGACUCCUACCCACUACCGCGCAUCUGGGACCACCUACGCCGUGCAGCCGGAAAGAAGUACUACUGCACGUUGGACACCAACAGCGGAUUCUGGAAUGUCCCGAUCGAGGAGGGGAGUAAGCCGUUGACGGCAUUCAUAACUCCGACCGGGCUAUUCGAAUUCAACGUCAUCCCAUUCGGGAUAAAGAACUCACCUGCUGAGUUCCAGCGGGCCAUGGAUGCUUGUUUCGAGCCCUUACUCGGCGACGAUGC